AUGUCGCUCUCGCCGACAGUGCUGCAUCCACUAACCCUACCCGGCCUGCUCGACCAUAUUCUCACAACGCAGACAGAAGACAACGCUCGCACCCUGUUGGUCGUGUGCUCCAGUCGCGAGGCCUUCCUCGCAGACCUGCGAGAAGCAUUACAACAGCACGACGAGCAGGAAGAGCACCGCAAGAGCACACUACACGAUCUGCUGACGCCUACGCUGUUUAACCUCUUGGCCACACAGCAUAUUCAACUGGCGUUUUGCCCCUCUGUGCAGUCCUUGCUGGCCUAUCUGACAGCUCAUGGCCGACGCAGCACAGAAGCCAGGCAAGCAGCACCAGGAACAGAAAGGUUGGUCCUAGUAAACCCACUCGCUUUACAUGCACCAACAACCUCUUUCUCCGCGCAAGGCCUGUCGCGCACUUUUGCAGCUGCUACAGAAGCCGCACUGCAUGCAGGGGCCACGCUCUACAUUGUCGAGUGUCAAGGCAAACAGCGGCGUGCAGACGAUGGCGAGGACGACGAGGACGGGGAGGCAGAAAGGGUGGGCGUAGACGAGCCGGAUGAUGGUACAGAGGCCGAGCCAGGGGAUCCUUGGGACCAGCAGGUAUCCAUUUUGAAUCUCUCGGCUCGUCGGUAUCGCUCUGGGAGUAGCGAUAGGGCAUGGGCAGGUCGGACGGUGACGGCUAGAAGGGUGGCGGCGAGAUGGUGUCACUUCCGUAAUGUUGAUGUUGAGUGA